UCAGUGCAAAUAGAGCUCUAUUCAUGGGUCUCACCUCCCAACUGAUCCCAACCCUGGUCUGCUUACUGGCAUGUACCAGCAACUUCGUCCACGGACACAAGUGCGACAUCACCUUACAAGAGAUCAUCAAAACCUUGAACAUUCUCACAGCGAGAAAGAACUCGUGCAUGGAGCUGCCCGUGACGGACGUCUUUGCUGCCCCAGAGAACACGACGGAGAAGGAAACCUUCUGCCGGGCCUCGACUGUGCUUCGGCACAUCUACAGACACCACACGUGCAUGAAGAGCCUCCUGAGCGGACUUGACAGGAACCUGAGCAGCAUGGCAAACAUGACCUGUUCUGUGCAUGAAGCCAAGAAGAGCACUUUGAAAGACUUCUUGGAAAGGCUAAAGACGAUUAUGAAGGAGAAAUACUCAAAGUGUUGAAGCUGACUAUUUUUAAUUUAUGAUUUUUAUACACUUAUUUUAAAAAUAUUUAUAUAUUUAUAACU